AUGACUCUAUUAGUUCUAUUUUGUCUUUCUAUUAUAGCAUACUCAUUAAGGGUAUCUUAUAGCAAUUAGUGUACCUGCUCUAAAUUCACAACAGAUUCAAGUUGUUUAGAAUAAACUGAUUGUAUAUGGUAAAGUGAAGGUUGCCGAACAAGAGUUUGUUCUGAAUAUUACAAUAAAGAUAAAUGUAAUAGAGUUGCUUCUUGCUCAUGGAAUGUUUCAAAAUGUGAAAAAUUUACUAAAUGUUCUGAUUACUUUAUGAACGAUUCAUUUGAUUGUUACAAAAUAGGUGAUCAAAACUUAAAUCUAUUUUGUGAGCCUUCAGAUGUAGGAAACAAAUGUUAAGUAUAUUAAACUUAAUAAUGUGGGGAUGUUGAAGAAGAUUGUACAGGUUUCGAAAGUUAAUGGAGGAUGUGUUACUGGGAUAAUAAGAGUUGUAAAGUAGUGGAUAUCAGAUAUUGUGAUGAAUUAUAUAAUGAAGAAUUAUGUUUCAUCUAUGGAGAAGGACUUGGAUGUCAAUGGAAGGAUAAUAAAUGUACAGUCAUAUCAUGUUCAGAUUACACUUCUGAGAGUACAUGUGUUUUAUAGAGAUAAAAUUUUAUAGAAGAUGAUCCUCUACUCUGUAGAUGGGCUGAGAUCAAAUGUGAAGAAGCUUAAGAUGUCUCUCAUCUUGAUUAUUCUAACUGUCUUGUGAACUCCUUCUAUAAUUACAUUUGGGAUUCAACUAAUAAAUAAUGUGUUUAUUGUUAAACAUAUAUUCCUCCAACUACAACAAAAACCCCUUGA